CCGAUUAAUCUAGACGACGUUAUCUAUUAUCGUCCGCUUACUAAAAAACCAUAUUUUAAACCGCUCCGGGCACCCGGGUCCUACGAUCUAUUAGCGUUCGACUAUUCUAUUCUCGGGGUAUACGCCGUACUUCUAAAUAAAGACGAGACGUUAUUAGCCCCUAACGAGCUUAUAGAAAAAGUGACCAUUAACUACUCGAAUAAGUUUAAUAUAGAUUUCUUAAAUACCUCUUCGGGAAGAGAUAUAAACGUUAUUAUAUCAAAUAUAUAUAUAGCGAGUCGAGAAUUGCCGGAUAAUAUUUCUAAUAGUAGUUUAGGAUAUUAUCUAGGGGGAGGUCUUAAGCAAUCUACUCCUCUAUACUCUAUAUCGGUCCGUAAUAGCCUCUAUAUCCCGAUAGCGGAGGAAGAAAUUCUAAGCUAA